AUGGCCCGGCUGUCAGGCCUUCAAAGGGAGGUCUUGUCUCUCUACCGGAAAUGCUUACGGGAAACUCGGAGAAAGCCAAUGGAAACUAGAGAUAACUUCAAAACCUAUGCCAGGGCCGAGUUCCAAAAGUCCCUUACUGUCAGCAAAAAAGAUUUCAACGCGAUAGAAUAUCUGUUGCGCAAAGGUUACCGACAGCUUGAAAUGUACUCCUCGCCCAGAAUCCGCAACAUUCACUAA